CCGGUGAGUACUGUACACCGCGGUACAGUGCAGAGCAGAUCUACAAAAAUGCGCAACUGAUGCUGAUAUUGGCACCUCUAACAUCAAAGAGGCGUGGAAAGUAAACUGAGCAGGCUUGUGAUUGAGCUCACACGGAAGCAAAGUAAUAAACUGCGUCUGGGUGGGUCCAUAACGAACAUAACAAAUAAAAGCUCAGAACCAUGUCAGGGUUUUUGGACAGCAUCCGGUGCGGAGAAUGCGAAUGCAAUGUGGACUGGGGAGAGAGGAGAAACACCAUUGCAUCUAUAGCUGCUGGAGUCCUGUUUUUCACUGGUUGGUGGAUAAUCAUUGAUGCAGCUGUGAACUAUUCAGAUGAGGCGACUUUCCAUCAUGCUUAUCACGCCUGUGGUGUCAUUGCUACUGUGGCCUUUCUCAUGAUCAAUGCUGUCUCGAAUGGCCAAGUGAGAGGGGACAGCUACAGUGAAGGUUGCAUUGGACAGACAGGAGCUCGUGUGUGGCUCUUCAUUGGCUUCAUGCUGGCGUUUGGAUCUCUUAUUGCUUCCAUGUGGAUCCUGUUCGGAGGCUUCGUAGUGCCUAAGAAACCUGUUGUGUAUCCUGGUAUUGCAGUUUUCUUUCAAAAUGCAUUCAUUUUCUUUGGGGGCUUGGUGUUUAAAUUUGGACGCACUGAAGACUUGUGGCAAUAAUGAUCUGUUCUCUUCUUCUGAGACAGUCUACGCUUUGUUCAAU